AUGAAGACGACACGCUGCCUCUUCUGCCGUCUCGCCCCGGCAGCGACACCAAAGUCGGCACCCUCAUCUCGCGCCUUCAGCUCAACACCCGCAACAUCAGCAAAAGGCAAACCCGCAUACCCAAAUGUCAGAGCCGUCGAUCUCGGCCUCGUCCAACAGCGCGUCGACACGGCCGCCCGCACAUUCAAGCCCUACACGCCGCGAGAAAAGCAACUGCUGGCUUUGAAAUACACUCCCGCUCAGGUUCGCGCCAUCGAAGCCGCCGAAGCCUCCAUCGAUCCCAAGGAUGUCGUGGUUCAAGGCAAGAUCCGCCGCGACACCUUCGCCCUCAACUACAUCGACGACCUUGCAAAGAUCCAACCGCUGGUGGAUAAGCCUGUGCGCGCACCCACUGAAGAUAUCGAUCCUGGCAUCCGCAUGCGCACCGAAGACGAAGUGCUCGAACGCUUUGCCCAAUGGACCGAGGACUUCAACCGCAAGCGCCAGGAAUACGAGACACGCAUGGAGAGUAUGGAUGGCGAGGCACUCGAGCAAGAGCUGCUGACGAAGAGUAUCGAGGCUGGCAUAUACCCCGGCGACAACCUGACGCCCGACGAGCGCCGCGCCCGUCUACGCAAGUACGCAGAGCACUUCGAAGGCCCCAACGAAGUCGCAGAAUGGAACGCCUUCAUCGGCAACGCAAACAACUUCUUCUUCUCGCCCAAAGGCACGCUGGACUCACAGCAAGACAGCCUGGCCCCCGAGAUGCCAAAGACAAAGAGUUUGGGUGUAAAGUUCGAGUCCGAGGAUGACGAUCCCCAUCUCCAGCGUUUGAUGCAGCAAACCGGUAUGUCCAAGGACGACAUCAGAAAGAUCAGAUGCAAGAACUUGGUCAACCACCGUGUCGUCAACCAAACUCGUAUGGGUAAGAUUCAGUCAAUGUACUACCUCACCAUUGCCGGCAACGAGAACGGCAUGUUGGGUAUCGGCGAGGGCAAGUCGGGCGAAGACGAAGACGCCAUCCGUCAAGCUCAGUACGCUGCCAUCAGAAACAUGAAGCCCAUCCCGCGUUACGAGGACCGCACCAUCUUUGGUGAAGUCGAGGGCAAGGUCGGCGCUUCCAUUGUCCAACUCUCCUCCCGUCCACCAGCAGGCAUCUCGGACCUCAGCGCCCGCUGCCCUCGCAGUCGCAACCCCAUGAACAUUGUCAAGGCAACCUACGAAGCCCUCAUGAAGCAACGCCUACCCGAAGACGUCGCCCGCGCUCGUGGUCGCAAGCUGGUUGAUGUGAGAAAGGUAUACUACCAAGGUCUGACUUCGUAG